UGGGUCUUGUACUGAAUCUAGGUUAUUUAUAAAUGUGAGCUUUGAGGUUGCACAUAAUUUUAUUCUGUUGUUGGGCUGCUUAUGCAGCGGUGGUUGGGAACCACUAGAAAGUAUAUACUAUGAUCAAAACCUGUACUUAGCCGGAUAAUAUCAAAAUGGACAAUUCAAGGCUCAAACCAAACCCACCUAGCCAAAACACAAGGCCCGUGGCAAAGGACUCGCCCAAUAUGAUACUGUAUACAAAGAUGGAAGCAUUAUUAUCAAAAAUGCAAAAUGAUAAGACUGGUGUACCUAUUAAGACUGUAAAAAGCCUCCUAACAAAAAUACCAGAUGUUUUUAGCGGAGAAGACUUAGUAAGUUGGUUGGUGAAUCAUUUGAACAUCAGUGACUUGGAUGAAGCAAUACAUUUAGGUUCAUUAAUUGCAGCUCAUGGUUAUUUCUUUCCAAUCGAUGAUCACGUUAUCACGCUUAAGAAUGACGGAUCUUUUUACCGGUUUCAAUGGGAUUACUAUUGGCCUUCGAAAGGCUGGGAGCCAGAGAAUACCGAGUACGCUGUGUAUCUUUGUAAGCGCACAAUGCAGAACAAAGCAAGAUUGGAGCUUGCAGAUUACGAAGCAGAAAACCUCGCAAGGUUGCAACGAACAUUUUCAAAGUCAUGGGAAGAUAUCUUUGCUCGAGCUGAGUUGGAAGCAAAGCGGGAUCGAAAGCGAGAUAAAACUACGCGGAAGAUAGAUGAUAGUAGGGAGAGGGCAUUCUGGGAUGUCCAUAGACCUGUUCCUGGUUGCGUUAAUACAACUGAAGUUGAUAUAAAGAAAGCAUAUUGGUAUAAAGAUCGAAUUAAAAAAUCUUUGUACAAUUCCUCUCCUAGAAAAGUGUCUGGUGUUGAUAAACAAUCAUCACCUAAUCCGCAGAUGAAAUCUGAAACAAUUGAUUCACUCAACCUCAUACUAAGCAACCUCCGCCGACAGCUUGACAGACAUUGCCUCAAAAUGUCCAAAGUGUGUGAGAGUAUUAUCAGUUACUCAGACCAACAAAAUGAUUAUGACCCACUGUUAACUCCUAUUCCUUCAAACCCAUGGAUUUCUAAUGAAGAGCAAUACUGGGCCGAUGAGAAAUCCAGGGAAAUAACUGUACGCAGAGCAACAAAGUGGAAGUUUUCAUUUAGCGAAUUGCUUGCAGAUGAGCGCGGACGUGAGCAGUUCAGAAAGUUUCUAGAAAAGGAAUUUUCUGCAGAAAAUUUUAACUUCUGGAUAGCAUGUCAAAACCUCAAGCAGCAGCCAUUCAAAAAGUUAAAAGCCACUGUGAAAAAAAUUCAUCAUGAUUAUCUUUCUGAUGAAACACCCAAUCCAAUCAACAUUGAUUCAAAAAUAAAAGACACUACGUUACGCAAUAUGGAAAGUCCUGAUCGCUACUGCUUUGAAGAAGCGCAAGAACACAUCUACCACCUAAUGAAAAGUGACAGCUAUGCGAGGUUCCUCAAAUCCGACCAAUACAAGUCAUUUGCUGCUAAUAAGUCUUCAUCAAAAGAUAUUAAGAAGAUGAGCGGCACAACCUACAAUGCUCUGCACAACGAAUCAAGUUCAGAGUAACUCCGUCAUCUCUUGGUUUUAGGGCAGUCUUACUUUUUACCACAUUUUCCUCACAAUGGCAGGCAAAUCUGUGCUUCCUGAUUUUAUUCUGUCAAAGAUACUUGAUACACAGAAUGGUUCAUGGACAUCAUAACAUAAGCGUAUGUUACUUAUUUAUUCUUAUUAUACAUAAACUAAUAAUUUUUCAAUAAUAGUGUGUUGUUGUUGGUCAUGAGAUGUUGCUUGUGUUUCUUUCAAGUCAUUUUUUGUGUUUGAAUUAUGUGCCAAUAGUUCCAUGGUUGGACAUUGGUUUUUGAACUCAUGCAUACACAUACUUAAACUAAAUCCAUGUUAACUAAUCCGUUAUCGCUGUAAACAAUGUUUAGGGUAAUGGUUAAAAUACUACCCAUUUGCUCUCAGUUGAGCAAGAUACUCUUUGUUCCUCUAUUCACACCCCAGGGAUAGCGUACUUUGUUUCUCUUUAUAAAUUUUCUGAGACAUACUUCUUUGUCGUUUUCUCGUUCCUUUUUAUAUAUUUUAAAUGUUAUUAGUACUCAAUUACUCAUAGUGUACACAACUACAAAGUCUAACUUCAUUCAAUAACUACUUGCUGAAGUGAGAUUACAUCUGUUUAAAGCUUCAAGUUUUUCACUGUGUUAAGCUUCCAAGUUAUAGGGUGGUUAAAGUUGCCCAUUUUCUAUUUAUAUUUAUGCAGUUUCAAUCACAUUUCCUUUCAGUUUUGUCUAUUAACCAGUGGUAAUCAUUUAGUUUUACACAGCCAUGACCAAACUUAUGUUAAAGUUUCUUUUUGUGAUUUUAUUUGUUUGUUACUCACUGGAUGAGUGUAGACUAUGAUUUUCACACAAUGUUUUUAAGUUUUGAUGAGCAUGUUUAACUGAUAGUAAGACAAGUUGUAUUAAGCCAUAAGCAUAAACUUUUUUCUCAACAUACUACCCUAAUUAAUCUAAAAUCGAAGAAUAUUAGGACUAAACACUAAAUCAUGUUUUUGUUGCAAGACAACAUGUGUUGUAAACAGUUGUUCUUAUGUUGUUUGCUAUGCCAAUGAACAAAGCAUUGGAAUAAUUAAUAAACAGUUGAGAAUAUUUGCUA